GCCCAUGCGUCCCACUUCUACACAGGUCCCCAACAUCAUAACACGCACAGAGCAGUGGUUAUGAAACGGAGGCAGUGUAAACCUAGUACACUAUAACAGAUCCUUCCUGCGGGGCGAAUGGAUAUUGACAGUUUCUGUAGUUUGGACGGUUCUGAUCCAUUUUGGGAUUGGAACCGGACCUGGCAAACACACAAUCCAGACCUGACACCAUGUUUCCAGAACACAGUGCUGUUUUGGAUACCCUGUCUCUACCUCUGGCUGUUUGCACCAUUCUACAUCCUAUACCUCAAAAGAAAUGACCGUGGAUACAUAUGCAUGACCCACCUCAACAGAGCCAAAACAGUUAUUGGGUUUACCCUAUGGCUUAUCUGCUGGGCAGAUGUUUUCUACUCUUUCUGGGAAAGAAGCCAUGGUGCUACAGUAGCCCCAGUCUACCUAGUCAGUCCCACAAUGCUUGGCGUUACAAUGUUGCUGGCUACGUUCUUGAUCCAGUAUGAGCGGAUGAAGGGGGUCCAGUCCUCAGGGGUGAUGCUCAAUUUUUGGCUGAUUACCAUAGUGUGCGCUACAGUCACCUUUCGCUCCAAAAUCCUGCAUGCACUGAAUGAGCCUGCCAGUGUGAAUGUGUUCAAAUAUACCACCUUCUACAUAUAUUACCCCAUGGUGCUCAUCUCCCUGAUCCUGGCCUGCUUGUCCGACAAGCCUCCGCUCUUUUCACAGGCUGUCAAAGACUCGAAUCCAUGUCCAGAGUCAGGAGCUUCAUUCCUGUCCAGAAUCACUUUCUGGUGGAUCACAGGAUUGAUGGUGACUGGUUAUAAAAGGCCUCUGGAAGAGAAGGAUCUGUGGUCGCUCAACACAGAGGAUAAGUCUCAAAAAGUGGUGCCACAGCUGGUGCGCCGCUGGGACCAAGAAUGCAACAAGGUCAAAAGGCCAGUAGAUAAGACACUCUACUCCCCAAAAAGAGCUUCAAGGGGAGAAAAGAAGGAUGGACAACCAAUAGAAGAGUCUGAGAUUUUGCUUGCAAAAACCCUUCAGAAAACUGGCGAGCCGUCCCUUUUCUGCGCGCUCUGCAGAACCUUUGGACCAUACUUUCUCGUCAGCUCUCUGUAUAAGAUUAUUCAUGACAUCCUGAUGUUUGUUGGGCCCGUGAUUCUCAGGCUACUGAUCCAGUUUGUGAAUGAUUCAAGUGCCCCCACUUGGCAUGGCUACUUCUACACCACCUUGCUGUUAGUUUGUGCCUGUGUGCAAACCCUCAUUCUGCAGAAAUAUUUCCAUGUUUGCUUUGUGACAGGCAUGAGGUUACGUACGGCCAUUGUCGGUGCCGUGUACAGGAAAGCCUUGGUCAUUACCAAUGCUGCGCGACGAACAUCCACUGUUGGAGAGAUUGUGAAUCUGAUGUCUGUAGAUGCUCAGCGUUUUAUGGACCUCAUCACCUAUAUCAACAUGAUUUGGUCAGCACCUUUGCAGGUUAUCCUGGCCCUUUACUUCCUGUGGCAGAAUCUGGGUCCUUCUGUGCUUGCUGGAGUUGCUGUGAUGGUGCUGAUGGUUCCUCUAAAUGCAGUCAUUGCCAUGAAAACUAAAACCUACCAGGUUGCCCAAAUGAAAAGCAAGGACAGUAGGAUCAAGCUUAUGAAUGAGGUGAUGAAUGGCAUUAAAGUCCUUAAACUCUACGCAUGGGAACUGGCAUUCAAAGACAAAGUGUCUGCCAUCCGAGAGAGUGAAUUGCGUGUGCUGAAGAAGACGGCUUACCUUGGAGCUGUGUCCACCUUUACUUGGGUCUGUGCACCAUUUUUGGUUGCCCUUUCCACGUUUGCAGUAUAUGUGUUAAUAGAUGAACACAAUGUUUUGGAUGCACAGAAGGCGUUCGUUUCUCUGGCCUUGUUCAACAUCCUCCGCUUCCCUCUUAAUAUGUUGCCCAUGGUCAUCAGCAGCAUGGUGCAGGCCAGUGUGUCUAUGAAGCGUCUGCGUGUGUUUCUGUCCCAUGAGGAGUUGGAUGAAGACAAUGUGGAGCGGCCGGCCAUCACUGCAACUCCUGACAGCAUCAGGAUUGUGGACGGAGCUUUUAGCUGGUCUAAAGGCGACUCCCCUACUUUGAAGAGGAUUAAUGUGCGUAUCCCUGAGGGGGCGCUUGUUGCUGUGGUAGGGCACGUGGGUUCAGGGAAAUCCUCUCUGCUUUCAGCUUUGCUGGGAGAGAUGCAGAAGCAAGAAGGAUCUGUCUUGAUCAAGGGCUCUGUGGCUUACGUGCCUCAGCAGGCCUGGAUCCAGAACGCCACUCUCAAAGACAACAUUUUGUUUGGACGGGAGGCAAAAGACAGUUGGUACCAGAAGGUGGUGGAGGCGUGUGCUCUCCUACCAGACCUGGAGGUCCUACCUGGAGGAGACUCCACAGAGAUUGGGGAGAAGGGCGUGAAUCUGUCCGGAGGUCAGAAACAGCGGGUGAGUGUGGCCAGGGCUGUGUACUGCAGCUGUGCAGUGUAUCUGCUGGAUGACCCACUCUCGGCUGUGGACGCUCAUGUGGGAAAACACAUCUUUGAUAAGGUCAUCGGACCUCAAGGGUUGCUACAGGGCAGAACACGAGUUCUGGUGACCCACGGGCUGAGCUUCCUGCCCCAGGCUGACCUGAUUCUGGUGAUGGUGGAUGGGGAAAUCACAGAGAUGGGCUCUUACACCGAGCUGUUGGGCAGACAGGGUGCUUUCGCUGAGUUCCUGCAUACCUACAGCAACACAGAGCAGGAGGAGGAGGAGGAGUCCGUGGGAGAGGAGGGAGGGGAAGCAGAGGACGAGAAAGGGAAAUCUGAAGAAGCAGUUCCACGGAAAGGUCUUGAGAAUGGGGGCCCUGCUGCUGUGUUGGGGCAGAGUCAGAUCUCUCUUAACGCAGCAGGCAAAACUGAAGCCAAUGAUGUUGCGGCCGCAAAGAAGACCAAAUCCACAGAAGCUUCCCGACUGACUGAGGCUGACAAGGCCAACACUGGCAGGGUGAAGCUGUCCGUGUUUUGGGAGUACAUGAAGGCUAUCGGCUUGCCCCUGUCCAUCUUCAGUAUCUUUCUGUUCUUCUGUCAUCAUCUGUCCUCUCUGGGCUCAAACUACUGGCUCAGUCUCUGGACAGAUGACCCUGUUAUCAACAACACGCAGCCCAACAGAGAGAUGCGUUUAGGGGUGUAUGGAGCCUUCGGACUCACACAAGGCAUUGCAGUGUUCUGCUAUUCUGUGUCAGUGUCUGUGGGUGGGAUCUUAGCCUCCCGCUACCUGCACCAGACGAUGCUCUACAACGUCCUGAGAUCGCCCAUGUCUUUCUUCGAACGCACGCCCAGUGGCAACCUGGUCAACCGCUUUGCCAAAGAGACGGACACCAUUGACACGGUCAUCCCUAGCAUCAUUAAAAUGUUCAUGGGCUCCUUGUUUAAUGUGCUGGGUUCAUGUGCUGUCAUCCUCGUCGCCACUCCGCUGGUGGCCAUCAUCAUCCCGCCGCUGGGCUUGCUUUACUUCUUUGUACAGCGUUUCUACGUGGCAUCCUCUCGGCAACUGAAACGACUGGAGUCUGUGAGCCGCUCUCCUGUCUACACGCACUUCAACGAGACGCUGCUGGGCACCAGUGUGAUCAGAGCGUUUGGCGAGCAGGAACGCUUCAUCAGAGAGAGUGACGGAAGAGUGGACCACAACCAGAAAGCGUAUUUCCCCAGCAUUGUAGCCAACCGAUGGCUGGCAGUGAGGUUAGAGUUUGUGGGCAACUGUAUUGUGACAUUUGCAGCGCUUUUUGCAGUGAUGGCCCGGGACAGUCUGAGUCCGGGUAUCAUGGGGCUGUCCAUCUCUUAUGCGCUGCAGGUCACAACAUCUUUGAACUGGCUGGUGCGGAUGUCCUCUGAGCUGGAGACUAACAUAGUAGCGGUGGAGAGGGUGAAGGAAUAUGGAGACACAGAGAAAGAGGCUGAAUGGAGGUCCGAGAACUCAACUCUGCCUGCUGGCUGGCCGACCACUGGUCAUAUUGAAAUCCGCAACUUUGGCUUGAGAUACAGAGACGACUUAGAGCUGGCUAUUUCUGAUAUCUCGGUCAACAUUGAGGGAGGAGAAAAGGUGGGAAUUGUGGGUAGGACAGGAGCAGGAAAGUCCUCACUGACACUAGGGCUGUUCCGCAUCAUCGAGGCGUCUCAGGGGCAGAUUUGUGUAGAUGGGGUCAACAUCGCUGAGCUGGGCCUGCAUGAGCUACGAUCCAGAAUCACAAUCAUUCCUCAGGAUCCAGUGCUGUUCUCUGGUUCCUUGCGUAUGAAUCUGGACCCCUUUGAUGGCUACACUGAUGAGGAGGUCUGGAGAGCUCUGGAGCUCGCACAUCUCAAGAACUUUGUGUCUGGCCUGCCUGACAAACUCAACCAUGAGUGUUCAGAGGGAGGAGAGAAUCUCAGUUUGGGCCAGCGGCAGCUGGUUUGCCUGGCCCGAGCUCUCCUGAGGAAGACCAAGAUUCUGGUUUUGGAUGAAGCCACCGCAGCUGUAGACCUGGAGACGGACAAUCUGAUUCAGUCCACUAUCAGAACUCAGUUUGAGGACUGCACCGUUCUGACCAUCGCCCACCGUCUCAACACCAUCAUGGACUACACUAGGGUGCUGGUUCUCGAUAAAGGCCAGAUGGCAGAAUUUGGUUCUCCGUCCAAUUUAAUUGCCAAGAAGGGAAUUUUCUACAAGAUGGCCAAAGACUCAGGUUUGGUCUGAAAAGUAGAGGGGCUGAAGAGCCCUCUGUUCAUCCAGGACAUAUCACAGACUAGAGCCCUUUGAGAGUGGACCUUGCGAGACAUGGACUCUGAAGGUACCUCUUCUGUGGGCCUGGAGCUCACACACUCACACCGUGUGAACAUGACACCACUCCAUCCUCAGCUAUUGUAUCCCUCCAUUUUCAAUCACAUUUUAAAGGUUUCACUGCAAAUGCUGCUUUAAAUGAUGUUUGCUCCUAAAAUUUGGGAGGUUUGAAACCAGUUUGAUUUAUUCAUGGCUGUUUUUGUUGGAAAUUUCAUUUUGGAAGACUUCUCAGUUCACCACUAAGCCACACUUCGCUGCCAGUGGUUGAUUGUGAGGUCAUGAAAACAAUUAUACUUGCAACUUUAGUUUCACUAGAACGAGUAAAGAACAAAGUUUCUCUGUGCAGUGUACCAUUGAUGCAGUGAUCAAUUGUUUAUUGACCAAACAGCUGCUGGGAAAUCACUCCUUGAGCAUAAGGUACUCCAUCCCAAGCCAAAUUUCAUAUUUGAAGCUAUUCUCAUCAUCAAAGAAGCGUCACAUUUGAAAUCUCUACUUUUAUUUCCAUUGUUUACUCUCAUUUAAUCUUUAUUUAUAGUUUGAGAAUAUCUGUUACAAUAUUUAUUACUGGGUAUCUCCCACUAAUGGUGGCUUAAGCAUCAUCUUACCAAUGUCAUGCAGUAGAGUCUGCACUGACCUUCUGUUUUCAUUGGUAAUUUAUUUAGUUGCGUUUGAUUAAUGAUCUUUGUUUACUCUUAUUUCUCAGUGAUCAUUUCACCAAAAAAUUAUGAACGCACUUACUGUUCUUAAUAUAAACCUCAAACUAGGGUUUAUUUUUCAGCUUUAUUGGGAGUGAUGUUUAAAAAACAAGUAGGAAUAAUCCAAUGCCAUUUUAAGGUUCAGAUACCUAAAUCGUAGUAGUUCUUUAAGGACAGGUUGUCUUGUUGAUGGCUGUACCUACUGAGCUGUGUGCUGUGUGCUUCACUCUGUUUGCUGUAUACCAUAUAUCUGUUGAAUGUACGCUUGUGCGCCAUGUUGUUUCAUUCAGCAGUUCCUCCACUCUAGAUCAUUUAAGCCUUCUGAGUUUUUAAAGGCCAAUCUGUUUUUUUAAAGAACUGACAAAGAUACACUUUGAAUGAUAAAAAAUAUAUAUCUGAUUUGUUACAUAUUUAUAUGAUUUGUAUGUAAACAUAAUGUUAUUAUUUGAUUUGUAUUCAUGCACUAGUUUUAAGUGUGCUUAGUUUAAUAAAUCAGGCUGAUAUGUACAGGGGAAAUAUGAAUAAAAUUUUGUAAAGAGA